AUGGGCGAGUUUGGGAUGUGUGGAGACAGAAGGAUCCCAGCAGAGGAGCAGGAUGAGGAGCGGCAGGGGCAGGAGGCAUAUGCAGGGAGAGCGGGGAGUUUGCUGAAGCAGGAGAGUCAGAGAGGAGAAACUGCCACCUGGAAAGGGUUGACUACUUUCGCUGCUCCAUGCCCGACCCAGGCGCUCCGGUUGCCAAGGAAGCGGGGGCGGGGCCCGCGGGGCUCCCUGCCCUCGAGGUGCCUUGGAGACCAAGUGUGUCCUGUUGCAGUUGAGGCUGGACAGGCCUUGGGUGACUUGCUUGUUGCUUUCGGCAGGUGCGGGCCCGGGCGGUCCCCUGCGCGCAGGGCCUCCCGGCGCUUGACGGGGCUUCGAUGGGAUGUCCAGCGGCUGUCCCGCUCCUUGGUGGGCUGGGGGAGAGGGCGCAUGAGGGAAACUUGCCAGGUCUUCUUAGCACAGAUCCCUCUCGGAUCUGCGUGCGCCCUGCGCGGCUGGCAGAGCCCGCCUUCUCCAGGAGUUCGGUUCUUGCUUCAGGUCACAAUAGAGACCAAACCCAGACACAUUCCUGGACAACGGCUUCCCGGCAGGGGCGUCCAGCCGGCGGCCAUGGUGUCCUCAGUGGGGAAGGUGACUCAGGUCCCCAGCGGGAAUGUCUACCAGCAGAUCUUCGAGGCUGAGGUCACGCAGGAACAGUCCCCUUGGCAAGCACUCAGCCUUUGUUCCUCUGCAUACUUAAGCCAGCUCCUCUCAGAGGGCAGCAGUGGGUGCAAAUUGCCUGUCCAGCCAGCCGCCACUGGACCUAUCCUGACAAUGUCAGCCAGCCUUUCCACUGCAUGGACACACACUGGUGCUGACAUACAAAACCGCUCCACCUGCUGGGCAUGCAGCGAGCUGCGUGCCUUCAACGGCAGGGUUACCAUGGCAUCUCCAAGCUGCCAACGCCUCUGACGGGAGAGCCCCAUGAGAGCGGAGGAGUGCCGCCCACUUUCCCAUUCCUACUCCCCUCCACCUGUGACAUGUUUUCUUUGGUGUCCUUGCUUUUUUACUACUUCUUUUAUUUUCAUGUUAUGCUUUCUAUUGCUGUUGUAGUUUCUGGCUACAGUGCUCCUCUCUGUGUCCGGCUCAAGGGGAACUGCAGAAGACUGGUGCAAUGAGAUUGUAAGGGCCAUUCUGACACAUGGCGGGUGGAGUGUAGGGGCACUAGCCAGCAUGCCCCUUUAAAACCAUGUGUCCUUGAGGCUCCUUGUCUGGGCUGCAUGCUAGCACUCAUGAUGAUAACAUUCCUGGGCUUGGCCAACCCAGCUGCUUUCUCGUGGGAGAGUUAGCACCAAGACCCUUGUGGUCUGAGGGAACACAGAGGCGCUCUGGGGCAGGGGUGCUCAGGUCCUUGGAAUGCAGGUCAUACAAGGACAGUCCCCCGUGGCAAGCACACAGCCUUUGUUCCUCUGCCUACUUAAGCAAGCUUCUCUCAGGGGGUGGUAGCGGGUGCACAUUGCUGUCCAGCCGGCCACCACUGGACCUUCCCUGUAAGUAACUCCCCAGUAAACCCAUAUGUCUCGUU